AUGCAAGGGGGUAUCUCUUAUCUUCAUGAACUCCCUCUUUCAUCAAUUCUUGAAGUUGAGCUUUUUGAUGUAUGGGGGACAGAUUUCAUGGGGCCUUUUGUGAGUUCUUUUGGUAACAAAUACAUUUUGGUGACUGUGGACUAUGUAUCAAAGUGGGUAGAAGCGGUGUCUUUUACUAAUAGUGAAGGCGGAAGUGUAGUGCAGUUCCUCAAAAGGUAUAUCUUUACAAGGUUUGGCACCCCUCAGGCAAUAAUCAGUGAUGAGGGAUCCCAUUUCUACAACAAGAAGUUUGAAUCUCUUUUAUCUAAAUAUGGGGUGAAAUAUAAAGUUGCUACGCCAGAUCAUCCUCAAUCAAGAAAGUUAAAAUCAAAGUGGUCUGAUCCAUUUAAGGUAACUCAAGUGUUUGGGAAUGGAUCUAUUGAAAUUGUUAAUGUAGAUGACUCCAAGUACAAGGUUAAUGGCCAAUGUGGGAAGAAAGCCCUACCAUUUCGGCAUUUUCGGCGUGCUGCCAUGCAAUUUAGUGACUCACCAAGUACAUUAGGUGAGCCUAUCAUGGUUCUAGGUUCUGUCAAUUUAUGGGAUAUAAUACCUCUUAAGCGACUCACCAAUUUUGUUUAG